AUGGGUGAUGGUCUUGGUCUUCUUCUGUUGAAACGUUUGAGCGAUGCCGAACGUGAUGGCGAUCGUAUAUACUGUGUGAUUCGUGAUGUACUCAGUAACCACGAUGGAAAUGAAGAUAAAAGUAGUUUUGUUGUUCCGUCAGCUGCUGGGCAGACUCGUCUACUCAAUAGUGUUUAUCAACGAGCAAAACUUGAUCCUCAACGCAUAUUUUACGUUGAAGCACAUGGUACUGGUACACCAGUAGGUGAUCCAAUCGAAGCUAAUUGUUUGGGUAAAUUUUUUCAUCGCUCAAGGGUUGAGCCUCCGCUUCUGAUUGGUUCUGUUAAGAGUAAUCUGGGACACACAGAAGGAGCAGCUGGUGUUGCCGGACUCAUAAAAGUCGUUUUAUCUAUGCACCAUCGAACUAUUCCACCGAACAUGCAGUUCAAGGCACUGAAUCCUAAAAUCGAAGCACAAAGAUACAAUCUUCACGUUGUUCAACAUCUCACACCAUUACCUCAAUAUGUCGAGAAUGAACCUAUAUGCAUGGGUGUCAAUUCAUUUGGAAUGCGCGGUAAUAACACGCAUGCCAUUAUUGAAGAGUAUCGACCUACUAAGAGUAUAGUAACAAAUGGAGCCACAAAUGGUGAUGCUGAAAUAGCUCAGGAGAAAAAUAAUCAAUAUUUUAUUUUUAUUUUUUCAUCGAAGAACCGCGAGUCUUUGAAUGGUCAAGUCGCCGAAUUUAAUCUUUGGCUGAAAAAAACAUCAACUUUGAGCAUAAAAGAUGAUCGUGCAUUUCUUCAACGUCUGUCUCGACAACUUCUUCUCAAGCGAACUAUCAGUCAUACACACAUAGCCACUUUUGUGUUCUCUGGUCGUAAAAGAUUGCUUGAGCAACUUGCAUCUUUUCUCAUUCAAGAGACAACGUCUGGUCUUAGCAUAGAAUUACGUCCAACAGUGCCAACUUCAAAAUUAUAUUUUGUCUUUAGUGGACAAGGUCCUCAAUGGUGGGCUAUGGGUCGACAACUGUAUGAAAGUGAACCUUUAUUUUCCCAAUGGGUUCAACGAAUCGAUAGUGAACUCACCAAAGUCAACAAUGGUGAAUGGCGUCUAUUAGAAGAAUUGAUUGAAAAGAAGAACGAAAACGAAUCUCGUAUUAAUGAUACAAACAUUGCUCAACCUGCUUUGUUCGCUAUUCAAGUAGCUCUGACUGCUCUACUAACAUCGUGGAAUAUUUAUCCAUCGUCUAUCAUUUCACACAGUGCUGGAGAUCAAGCAGCUGCUUUUGUCGCAGGUCGUCUCACUUUAGAAGAAGCUGUUCGAAUUGUUUACCAUCGAUCACGUCUACAAAAUCGUAAUACACGACAGGGUGGUCGUAUGUUGGCCGUAUCCAUGAGUGAAGAUGAAGUAAAAAGUAAACUUCUGAACGGCAUUGAAUACUUAGUUUGUGUCGCCGUCGUUAAUAGUCCUCGUUCAGUAACAUUAAGUGGUGAUGAGAAGACCAUAGAUGAAAUUCAAAAAAUCCUUUCAGCAUUAUAUCCAAAUGUUUUCAAAGCUCGUCUACGUAUCGAAAAUGCAUUUCAUUCUUACCAGAUGGAACGAUUUGAUAUUGAAAAAGAAAUGCUCUCAUCACUCAAAGAUAUUCGAGGACUUCCGUUGAAAGAUAAACACAAAAUGUUCAAUCCUAAAUGUUCUGAAGCUAGUCUUUAUUCAAGUGUUACUGGUAAAAGAUUAGACGAUGAAUUACCAGUUGAUGCUCAUUAUUGGUGGUCAAAUGUACGACAUGCUGUUCGAUUUAAUGAUGCAAUUGCAUCUAUUGCGGAUGAUGAAGCUGCAACUGCUUUUAUAGAAAUUUCACCACAUCCAGUGUUGGCCACAUCUAUUCGUGAAUGCUAUGAAGGAAAGAACUGGCAACCGUUGAUUCUUUCCACAUUGAAACGAAAAGAAGAUGAACAAAUAUCAUUAUUAACCAACAUCGCACAAUUGACGGCAUCAUCGGAUGUUUGGCAAAAAUAUUUUAAAACUCGAAAUACACAAUCUAUGAAAGAAGACGAUCAACUAUUCGAUGACUUUCCGUUGUAUAAAUUUCAUUUGAAUUCUUGUUGGUAUGAAUCAAAAGAUUCAGUUAUUAAACGUUUGGCUCAUCGUAUUCCUAGCCAUCCAUUACUUGGUGUACGUCAAUUGACCGGACAAACAAGUGCCACAUGGAAAUGUCUCAUCAAUAUCAAUUUGCCACAAUAUGCCUAUUUCAAAGAUCAUAAAAUUCAAGAUGCACUUCUUUUUCCAGCCGUCGGUUUCCUUGAACUUGCAGCGGCCGCCUGCCGUCAAUUGCUUCCAUCAACAGAUGAUAAGCAACCAAUAAUCGUUUUCGAGCGGAUCAAAUUCGUCAAAGGACUUGCUCUUACCGAACAUGAAUUAACAGAAGUGUUUACAUAA